AUGUCUCGACAGAUCAAGAAUGUCGCGACCGGAAACCUUGGGUCUCAUAUCCUGGCCGCAUUGGUGAGCUAUGGCAGCUUCAAUAUUACCGUCUUGACACGCAAGUCCGGGGCCAUAUUCCCCACUGGCGUCACGGCCAAGGUGGUGGAUUUCAGCUCUCCCGCGGCAAUAGGUCUUGCUCUGCAGGGACAGGACGCCUUGGUCGACGCAAUUUUGAGCCCCAACCCUACCGUUUCUAUCGGCUUGAUUAAUACCGCGGUCACCACAGGAGUGUGUCGCUACAUAGCCCCUGAGUUCAGCAUCCAUCCUAAAUACGACAAGACACGGUCACUGCCCAUUUUCCGCGGCAAGGCGCAGAUCUACGAUCAUCUCCAGAAGGUCGCCAAUGAUCAGAAGAUUACAUGGACUGCUAUCCCGAAUGGGGCCUUUUUGGACUGGUGUCUGCGAACAGGAUUUUUGAGUCUUGACGUGAUCAACAAAAAGAUUGUGCUCAUGAACGAUGGUACACGUGUUUUCCCUUUGACCGUUCUUCCAGCUGUUGGUACAGCCGUUGCCAAUGCCCUGGCCCGAGCCCAGAAGACUAGGAACAUGCACUGCUCCAUCUACAGUGUUCAAAAGAGUCAAAAAGAGAUUGCCGACUUGGCAAAGGAGGUUCUUGGAGCCGACGGAUGGGAGAUCAAAAACCAGGAUAUGGAAAAGGUCCUCGAAGAAGCUCUAUCUGCCGUAGCCAUCGGAGACUACAGCUGGCCGGUUGUGGGAGACUUGAUCCGGUCUUCACUCGCAACUCCGGGCUAUAGUGGGCUGUUUGAGCAGAACGACAAUGAUCUCUUGGGCGUCCGACCCAUGAGCGAUGAGCAGGUCAAGGUGUUGAUCAAGGAGAUCUCUGACGAGCUGAAGUCUGGUCCACAAUAA